AUGAGGGCAAACAAAGCACAUUGCCUUCGGGCUUUCUCACGACUCAUCACUCGACCAACCUCGACUCCUCUCCUACUCCCUCCCGUCAUACCCAUAGGUCCCUCAUGUUCCCGUUGGUUCUCUUGUCAAUGUUGUCACAGAAAUCGCGAGAAAGACUCAUUCUUCACUCCCAACCCCGAUCGUAUCCUCACUCAUCCCAACAAUCUUGACAAAGAAGGAGCAACAAAACCGCCAAGACGAGCAGCUACGAGAGAAACCACAGGAAGGAAUUCUCCUGAGAAGAAACCCUCAGAUCCCCCUAUACAGCCUCUACGUCUUCCUCUCCCACCCAAGUUACCCUACUCUCCCGAUUCUCUACCCUUCCAACGACACUGCGAAGCUCUCUCUCAAUCUCUUCAAUUCUCACCCAACGAUUCUUGGCUCACAUUCCUCGCUCUUGAUCCGUCUCUCCGACGAUACAUACCUGAUCAUACAUACCGUUCUCUCCUCUCUCACCAACUCACCGAACCUGAUCUCCAAAGACGACAAAAUCGAAGUAGACGUUUGAUCAAUUUCGCUGGGAAAUGCGGUAUGCAAUUGUCUGAUCUUGGGAGAGAUAAUUUGAUGAAUACACUUCAUGUUGCUUUGACAGUGAUUCUCACUCCUCCUUCUCCAAAGAUCUCCAAAGAUUUGGGAUAUGAAAGAAAUUUAUGGAACACUAUCAAAGAUCUCGAUAUGAAUUUAAGGUCGGUUCCUGAAGAGGUGAGAUUAGGUUGGUUGGAAGUACAAGCUCGAUGGGCGCAGAGUUCACCGGAUAAACGAGAUGAGGUAGGGAAUGAGGUUUUGGAAAUAAUCCAAAGAGACGGAGCGGAAGGAAGUGAACAGAUAAUCAUGCGUAUAAUCAAAUAUCUUCCUGUGGAUCAAUCACUACAGAUUGUCUCACAAUGUUGGACAAAAAAUAUCGAAAUUGAGGAGAGGUCAGUUCUGGGGGUCAUGGAAAGAUUCCUCGAUCAAUCUGACUCGGACAGCCUUCGGAAGCUCGUGGACAACCUCAAUGCCCUUUCUACAUCAAUGUCCGGAAUACGAACAUGUCUGGAACAAGCCAUCAGUCGAAAUCGAAGUCCACAGGAGAAAUUAGCUACUGUCGAUCGUAACUCCAUUCCAUCUGUCAUGCGCCGAACAUUGAAGGUAGUGAAAUCUAUGACUAUCAACAGUGUUCAAGAAGACUUACCGAAUGUACUAUCUUCCCUUUCUUUUCUUCUUGGACAAAAGGCAGAAUGCUAUAUUCUCAUCCACAGCAUUUUCUCUUCUUCCCAACGACUGCAACUUUCUUCAUCACCAACACUGAGAAACCACUUUCUUCCUUUUCUCCAACUUCUUCAUGAAAGUCAUCAAUUGGAACAUCUCGAACCUCAUCUAAUCUUCCAAGCUCUCCGUACAUGUAUAUCAUCUCUUCCCUCAUCCGAAGCUUACAUUCUCGGUCGACGUCUCUACUCUCAAGCCAGAAUAUCCAAUCCUCCUUUCCAAUGGACCAAAUCUAAUGUAUAUCUUUGGAAAUCUCUCUUUCAUCACGCUUUAAGUCCUCCUCGUCCACAUCUGCAUUUCGCCUCUCGACUCUAUGCCGAUCUUCAAGCGGACGGAAUGAAGAUCUCUUCUCGUGAAGCUCUCUUCAUAAUCCGCAUCAUUGCCGGAUCCACUUCCCCUUCUCGAGCUAUUUUACUUGACCGUCAUCUAAAAGAUUAUCUCUGGACCAAAGAAGACGUCAAUCCCUUGGUAGAAGCUCUGGUAAAAGGUUUGACAUCUACGAAGAAUAUGGAAGACACUGUCUUAGCUCUCAACCUAUCAUUAAGAAUUUUACAAGAUAAACCUUUACCCCUUACAGCCGCAGAAAAUAUCGCUCGAAAACUUUCUCAAUCCAGUCGACCGUCACGUCAACAAAAUUUAUUGCAAGUCUUACGUUUAUGUUCUGGUGAUGUUGAAAAGAUAUACGAACACUGUUUAUUCUCAAUCAUCGUACAUCGUGAUUUGUAUGAUCCUCUAGAUAGACAAAAACGUCUCGGAAGGGCUAUCAUCCUCUACAAAGAAAUGUUAUCCCGCAACAUUCGACCAGGCCAACGAAGUAUUUCACUACUCAUCCGUCUUUUGCUCGAUACCGGACACCUUGAAUCCGCUUUGGCGAUUUUCAAAGCUACUUUGAAUACCGUGAUCAAAUCAGGAACGGUGGGAAGACUCAUGAUUAGUCUCGCCCUUGAGGAAAGGUAUGCAGAGGCGGACGAGGUAGAAAGGUCAUGGCGUGAAGCGGGAAAGUUGGAGAAUGGGAAAAGAUAUGAUAAAGGUGUUUUGGGAGCAAGGAUUUUGGUUGAUAUCAAACAGGGUAAGGUAGUUGAUAUGAUUGAUAUGGAGAGAAAAGGAUGGAAGGGAGGAAAGUAUUUUUUGAAAUAUCUCGAGAGUCUAAAAUCCCAAGCUCAAGCUCAAGUUGAAGUUCGAGUACGACCUCCAACGAUGGAGAUAGAGAAGGAGAUAGAAAUGGAGAAGAUAAAGGAUGGUGUCGAGGAUCAUAAAAUGCCAAUUCGACCUAUCACAAGAUCUUUGUGGGUUGAAGAGAAGGAAAAAGAAGUAGUAGAUAUGACCUCUGUUGCAGAGGUGUAUGGAACAUGA